AAAGUGAUGCCAUCAGCACAUGGACAAAGUAUCAUCAUGGAAAAGCAGAAAUCAAUGAAUAGUGUUACUUCAGCACAGUUGGGUGGAGAAUCGUGCACCUUCAUCUGCACUGAGUGUGGUGAUGGGUUCAGUCAGUACUCUAAUGUGCUGGCCCACAUGGCAAUUCAUGGACCUUUGGAGUCAUUUUCCUUUGAUGGAUCAUCCAAUGGAUUUGAAGUCCCCCGAGAAUAUGUGCUACAAGAAAAUGGUACACUGACAGAUGUGAACGGCUUGGCACAGUCACAUUCCUCUGUGAAACCAUUGUCUCCGGGAGUCCUGCCAUCGCAUUACCCAUCCCCUAUUAAACCAGUGUCUCCAAAUUUAAGGCCACAGCCUUCCCCUUACAGAGAUGUGUUCAGGCCAAGGCCAUCAGACUUGACCUUGGACAAGUCUCGUCAGGGCCAUUACCGUUGUGAAAUAUGUAGCAGAUCAUUUAACAGCCUGCAGAGUUUACAUCGUCACCAGCAGUAUCGAAACACAGAGAGAGGUUACAAGUGUACCUUGUGCUGUAAGAUCUUUGAAGGUAGACAGGAACUUAAGAAACACCUCCAGGACCAUGCUGAUGAAAGAUUUCACUGCUGUGGUCACUGUGGUAAGCGAUUCCUUAAAGUGGAUGCACUGAAUGCCCAUCAGAAAGAAAACCACUUCUCCCACAAGGCUACAGCUUUCGGUAAAUCUGAGAAUAAGCAGGAAAAAAGGCUAGAGAAAACAUAUUCUUGUAGGAAGUGCAAGUUGAGUUUUUUCUGGAUGUCAGAUUUUCAGACACACUCAAUGUACCAUUGCAAAGGAAAAGAGCCUGAUGCUAGUUUUGCAUCUGAAAUCGAAAUUGAGGUGAACUCUAAAAACCUAGAAGACGCACUAUUUGAAAACUUCCACAGCAAUGGCACAUCUGUUGAUCUUAAGAAUGGGGAUACUAAAGUCUUUAGGGAUACUAGUGGUGAGAUCGAUAGGGAAUACUCUUUCACACCAUACAGAUGUGGUUUAUGUGGGGAUCGGUUCCAAAAGUUAACAGCUCUAAAAGAGCAUCAUCUCACACAUCAAACUCAGGAGGAAAUAGAUCAGCUGAAUCAAGAAUCUCAAAGAACUUUUAAGCGAAGAAUGCCACCCAAAGGCAGACGUAGAAGAGGGAGUAAUCCAAAUGGCAAGUUGCAUCCUUGCAAGCACUGUCAUCGUGUCUUUAAUCAUUCUAGUAGUUUGUCACGGCACAUGAGAUACCACAAGGGUACUAUGCACACAUGUGUAUUUUGUGGUAGACAUUUUCCACAACGCUGUGAUUUGAGAAGACAUGUAGCCAUGUACCACAAAGCUGAACUGGAAAAGAAACCGGGUUUGAAACACUUGUAUACGGCCCCACAAAAUGGUCCUGCCCCUACUUCUGUUAAUGGUGAGAAAAACCCAAGUUCUCCUGAUGAGAAAGCUAAGAGCUCCUCUGACAAUGAACAAACCACAUCACCAGAGCAGCCUCCAAAGGGGAAGCAAUCUGGAAAAGCAGGCCGAGUUAAUUACAAGUGUCAGGAAUGUGGAAAGAGAUUUGGGCUGUUAUGUGUCUACCAACGACACUUGCGUUAUCACAAAAAGGAACCUAGCAAGUGCCCCCGAUGUCCAGCUCAAUUCAGGAAUUCGUCAUCCCUUGAGCUUCACCUUCAAAAUCACCCAAGCACUGGAGAAGCAGAUGAUGUUGGACAAACCUCUCACUGCACUGGCACCAAUGGGGACCAUGUCCUAGAAAAGGGUAAUGCAGAGGACAUAGAGGAUGACUAUAUGGACCAUACUCAAAAUGAUAAAAGAAAUUCCUCAGAGGUUCUUUAUGAAUGCACUGAGUGCACUGAGACAUUCUCAUACUUGGAGACAUUUCUUCAGCACCAGACUUCUCAUGGCUCAGAAAACAACGGGUAACUAUCAAACCCAUAAGUCAUUGUUAUUGCCAACAAGCAAGCUCUCAGGAGUUGAGUGUUUUUGACUCUUUUGAAUGCAAGUAUUUGAAUAACUGUAUAGAUUAAUAUUUUAUUAAUUUUGUUUGUAAUGGUUAUUUUACAUACUACUUUUACAAUUUUUUUUCUUGCAUGAGUAAACAAAAUUCUGCUAAUUGGUGAAUUUGAAACCAAUGGAAGCAGGAAGUAAAGCUUGGGUGAGGAGCCUACCAAAUGACUUAAAAGAGAAACAGCAUAUACCGACAUGGGUAAAAUGCAAGUUUAAAUGUAGCAUUCUCCAACAGGUUGUGAUUGUAGUUAAUUUGAAAGUCCCACCAAUUGUUGACUAACAAGAAUAAGUAAAUUGCUUUUCACUGUAUCUUGUAGUCGCUACUCAUGCUGUUUUUGUCAAUCAUUUUGCUCAAUUUUUCAUCAUGUUUUACUUGCAAAUAUGCUAAGAUUUUGUUUUAAUAUAUUGUAUGUGUAUAUCUUCCUUUUUAAAGGAUAGUAUUGUCACUGAAUAGAUUUUUUAUUGUGCCAUUAAAAUUGUACAGAGAAAUUA